GCAAGCAUGUUUGCAGAGUGUAAUCUUCCUGUCUGUGCUUCUGGCAGUGACAAUGUGACAGCACAGGAGGGCUCAGCAGCUGGGUAUAUACUUGUUUAAACUGUGUCUGUCACAUUCAGGACAGAAACUCAGCUUAUAUUUCUGAUGAGAAAGAAUCCAUUGCUAACUCUUGACUCUAGAAGAUGAUCUGCGUGCUGCCCGGACUCUAUCUCGGCAGUAUCAGUGAUGCGGCAGAUAUUCCACGGUUGCAAGAAGCUGGAAUUACCCAUGUUUUGACUAUUGACAGUGAGGAGCCGAUGCAGAUAGAUACGUUCCAGACCAAAUAUGUUCACUUGUUGGAUGACUCGAGUGCAGAUCUCCUGAGCUGUUUGCCAGAAUGUUUACUCUUUGUAAAACAAGCCCUGGAAGUGGUUGGGUCAUCUGUGCUGGUUCACUGCCAUGCUGGAGUGAGCCGCAGUGCUGCUGUAGUCGCCGCUUACCUGAUGAACACCAACAAGCUAACAUUGGAAGAUGCCUACGCAAAGCUCCAGACUCUCAAAGCUGACGUCAAAAUUAAUGAGGAAUUUGUAAACCAGCUUUCUCUUUAUGAAGCAAUGGGCUGUGAUGUGGAUAUGACGAGUGCAGGUUACAAACAGUAUCGCCUACAAAAAGUGACAGAGAAGUACCCAGAACUUCAGAAGCUGCCAAAAGAGGUCUUUGCCUUAGACCCCAAUUCUGUGGGGCAAACUACAGAUGCCCUCUUCAGAUGUAGAAAAUGCAGACGCUCCUUGUUCAGGGUAGGAAGUAUUCUAAAUCAUGCCUUGGGGUCUGGCUCUGCUGCAUUCACCCACAAGCGGGUGACCACUCUUAAAGCCAAUGAUUCUACAAACUGCACUUCCUAUUUUGUGGAGCCUGUUCAGUGGAUGGAAACGUCGCUGCUGGGGGUGAUGGACGGACAGCUCCUCUGCCCUAAGUGCAGCUCCAAGUUGGGAUCCUUUAACUGGUAUGGAGAGCAGUGCUCCUGCGGGCGAUGGGUAACUCCGGCAUUUCAGAUUCACAAGAAUAGAGUGGACGAAGUGAAAGCCAUUCAGAUCCGCAGCUUACAGAAAAGCAAGACCUGAACAAGAGACAAAAUCUGAGCACUGAGCGCUCUACUUAUCUACAGAUAAAAUUCAGCAACAGUCAGUUAAUACAGUUCGCUUUGGGACAACAAGGGUUUGAAUAUGCAUUAAAAUGUAUUGAUCCCUUUUGAGAAUGCUGCAAAUUGGAGAUUGGAUUAUUAUUAAAUAUAACUCUAUGUUAUUACUCUGUUUAAAGAUGGUUUGAAUUUUUUUUUUUAUGAUAAGUAACUCAUUCAUGGAUUAGUCCUUUUAUCCAUAUUUUUUUAUAUUGUUUGAAAAAUAGCUUUGUAUUUGUCAUCUCUCGACCAAUAAUUACUUGCCAGGUUGUUGGUCUUUUAAAGAGACAUUUCAAUAAUGCUUAAAUAAAGAAUGACCUUUUUGAAAUUUGAA